AUGUCUUAUACCGCUGCUAUCACAAUACUGAAGAACGUUUCAAUUUUCCAGGGUCUGUGUAUUUUUACUGGAAAUUUUAUCACUAUGAUUGUUUUUUGGAUUCACCGAUACAAGUUAAAGCGAACGUCUUUUCUUCUUAUCAACUUGGCUGUUGCAGAUCUGCUCGCUGGUCUGACACAAACAGUUAUUGCAGCGAAAGCACAUCCACAAACCAUUUCAGCAGACAUUUUAACUUGCUUUCAGGCUGCAGUUUUGGCCGCAUCUGUACUUUUUCUCGUUUUCAUCUCACUGGAACGAGCCUAUGCAUUGAUUUACCCUCUUCGCCAUCGAGUAGCAAGCACCACUGCUUACAUCAACACUAUCAUGAUCGUGUGGUUGAUUGCAAUAACUUGGGGUGCAUCUUGUCUGUUGGUUGUGUUCGACAUCUUUGAAUUCAAAUUUUACAUUGGAGCCUUCUCUGUUACUGUUUUUAUUGGUUUGGUUACUAUCUGCUUGUGUUACGUGGCAAUCCAAGCUAAACUUCGUCAAGAAAGUACGGUUAUCGACCCAGCAAAUAACAGACACAAUGCUGAGCGAAACACAAAGCUUUCCAAGACUUUCUGUAUUGUCAUAAGCGCGUCUGUGGCUCUUUGGGUUCCAGGACUUGUGUUUAGCUGUAUUUAUUUUUUUUUCCCUUGGUAUUCUGUGAUUAUGAACUACGUCUCCUUUAUUCUACAUCAAACUAAUUCUCUCUUGAAUCCGAUUAUUUACAGUUUAAGGAUGCCAUUUUUUAAGGAAUCGUUUAAGCGCCUGAAAAACAAGAUGAAAAUUCGA